CGCCGCCGACGCCUUGUCCAGGUAAUAGCAGUCCUUGUACUUCCAGUUGGUGAGGGCGAAGAAGUACUUGCCGCCCGUGGAGAGCAGCAGCGACACGUUCGCCCUUGAGUCGACUAAAUUCGGAUGUCGAAAGCGCUCGACGGUAUAGCACAGGACGAUGCAACCGAGGGAGAUGCCCACCAGUUGUACAAACCGCCCGAUGCUGCCCACGUACAGGGUGCCCGCGUCGCAGGUUACUUGAAAGUCCAUUUGCACCACGUCGCAGUGACGGUCGACAGUGGCGGAAUGGGUCACUGGAAACCCGACACUGAACACGGCCGCGACGACCCACGCCAAGAGCCCACACAUGACUGCGUACGUCGUCGUGUAGGCUCGCGUGACCAGGAUCAAAAUGUCGCACACAACAUAUACAAACCAACUGACUUCGCCGGCCGCGAGCACCAGUUUAUACAGCUCAAGGUGGCUCAAAUCGAACGACGUGAUGCCCCCAAGGGGCCCAUAUUGCUUGAGGUCUAACGUGGCGGUGCUGAGCAAGCAAAUAGCCACCAUGCUGCGAAGAAAGAGCAGCGGUCGACCGGUCCAGACGAUUCCCCCCACGCGGUUCAUCUCGAGC